UUUCGAGGAGGAGUCGAGCAGUGCGCACCGUAGAGCGCUCACACAUAUCGGACAGUGGCACCCAGCAGCUUCAUGUCAUUUAGAGUAGUAGACUGCUCUCAAAAACAAUUAAGUAGCUCUCACGUGGUUUCGAGGUUUUGACACAGAUUCUUUUGGAUUUAUUUUCUCCUUUUCAAAAACAUAUUAAUUCAACCGAGCAAGUGAUUUACUAGACAUAAUGUCUAUUUAAUUGACACAAGUAGAGACAGGGAUUUAAAAAAAGUUUCAGACAAGAGGCGCAGCAGCCGCGGCAUCAGCACGGGGUUCGAGGAUGGCGGCGUUGAUUAGCGCAUACUCCUCCUGGCCCGAGAGUUUCGAAUGCUCCGCGGGAGAUGCAGAUGUCCCAGAUGGACACACUUCUCACAGAGGUUCGGUGGACAAGACCUCGGAGCCGCGCAUCAGAAGACCCAUGAACGCUUUCAUGGUGUGGGCCAAGGAUGAGCGCAAGCGCCUCGCCGUUCAGAAUCCUGACCUGCACAAUGCAGAGCUCAGCAAAAUGCUUGGGAAGUCAUGGAAGGCUCUGACGCCGCCGCAGAAGCGUCCGUACGUGGAGGAGGCGGAGAGGCUCCGCGUGAAGCACAUGCAGGACUACCCCAACUACAAGUACCGUCCGCGCCGCAAGAAGCAGCUCAAGCGCAUCUGCAAGCGCGUGGACCCCGGGUUCCUGCUGCACGGAGGCCUGCCCCCCGACCAGAACGCCCUGCCCGACCCGCGCAGCUGCUGUCACCCCCUGGACAAAGACGACGACGGAAGCGGCGCCGGAGGGGUCAUGGGCAGUGGCGGCGGCGGAGGUGGUGGGGCGUUCUCCUCACCCUCCCUCCCUGGCAUGAGAGUGUUCCGGGAUCCGUCCGGGUCUAGCAGCAGCAGCUUUGACGCGUACCCCUACGGCUUGCCGACGCCCCCCGAGAUGUCCCCCCUGGACGUGGUGGACCACCCGGGCUCGUCCUCCGAGCACCCGUCCUACUACCCGACGUCGGUGCCCAUGCCCGUCCAGUCCACCAGCCCCCACGGCACGCCUCCCUCGGCCACGUGCCCCGAGGACCGGCGCCUGGGGCCAGGCCACCUGAGCAGCCCGCCACCCUACCACCCAGACUACGCCCAUCAGCAGGGACCUCCACCUCCGCACCACCUCAUGGGCCACCACCACCACCACCACCACCACAUGUCCCUGCCCCACCACCAGCUCUCCAGCCUCACUCCUCCACCUCCCCCACUCCCUCCCUACUACACCAGCACCUCCUUCCCCCAGAUCCAGAUACACCACCCCCACCACUCCCACCCUCACCACCUUGGCGGAGGCGGCGGGGGCAACAGCAGUGGUGGGCAGCACCUGGGCCACCUGGGUCAGCUCUCUCCACCCCCGGAGCAGGGCCAGUUGGAGAGCCUGGACCAGUUGAGCCAGGCCGAGCUUCUGGGGGAGGUGGACAGGGACGAGUUCGACCAGUACCUGAACUCCAACAACUCUGUCUCUGCUUCCACCAGCACCACCUCCAACACCACCAGCGCUGGCCCAGGUGCUGGUAGCUUAGGUGGAGGGUACCACCACCAUCAACAACCUCACCAUCAUCAUCAUCAUCAACAUCAUCAUCAACAGCAGCAGCAGCAGCAGCAGCAGCAUGUCGGUGAGCAGCACGGGGCAGCCAUGACGGUGACGGGACACAUCCAGGUGACGGCUGCAACGGCCGCGUGCUCCGCCACCAGCUCCACGGAGAGCAGCCUCAUCUCCGUACUGGCCGACGCUACGGCCGCCUACUACAACAACUACGGCAUCUCCUAAACUACAAACCAACAAACAAUAAACAAUAAACAAUA